UCCACUCCACUCACAGCUUCUGGAGCAGUGAGCCAUGGAAACGAAGCGGAGGAGGACAGAACAGUUUCCGGCGGAGGGUUCUGGGGCUUUCGGUGCCAUGGAUUCUACGGAACUCAGCGUCGAUGGUGGAUAUAUCAGCGAUAUUUAUUCGAAUUCUGAUGAUGAGGACCUAGAUGACGUUGGAAUAUCGGAAGCGGUUCCACGUGAAGUUGCUGGCGUUAAGCCUAGCACCAAUGCCAAGGAGGUGCAUUUGAAACCGGAGGUGCCUGUCAUAGGCCAUGGGAUAAGACAAUGGGCAUGGAGGAAAAACGCCACUGAGAUCCGGGAUCCUAGGAGGGCGAGGCUUUCUUGGCUUGGAAUUUCUGAUACGGCAAAGACAGCUGCCAAGGCGUAUGACAACGCCGCUUGGGAUUUUCACGGCACCAAGGUCAAUACCAACUUUCCUAUGGAGAUCAACACGGAGAAUAAGGCAGACCAUUACCAUUCUACACAACAGGAAACGUGUCGAAGUGAAAUUACUGAUGAUUUUGAAAAAGAGGCGUGUUUCAAAGGCGUUAAGAAGAGACUGAUGUGGAGAUACGAUGCAGUGAUAACAGAUCCUAAGACUAAUAGGCGUGUUCAGCUUGGAACUUUUGAUACAGCAGAGGAAGCCGCCAAAAUGUACGACAUCGCCGCCAGGAAGUUUCAGGGCCCCAAGGCCAAGACCAACUUUCCUAUGGUGAUCAAUGUGGAGAAUAAGGUCGACGAUUACCAUACCAUAAUCAGGGAAUUGAACAGAAAGAAAGAUAUUGUGUGCCUUAUUUUGUCAUAUCCUCCUUUGAACUUGGUGAGCAGAGAGAGACACAAAGGCUGGAUUAUGGAUGUUUUGGUAAUAACUCACAAAGUAAGACAAUUGAAAGCGUCUUCUAAGGAGAAAGAGGUAAAUCUUCCAGGGCUGGUUUCUGACAUCACUAGACUACUUUACCAUUCAUUCCAUGAUAUUGAAGCUUACAUUCCACAUGAUAUGAUGGAGGAGAUGUGUAAGGAGACUAUAGUGGGUAGAACGCCUAAAAAGGAAGCGCUUAAUCUGACUAUUGAUUUUGCUAUUCGCCAAAUUUUAGAAUACAUAGAAAUUCCCGAAUUUCGAAGGAUUGAGAUUUCAGGAGUAGAUGAUAUAAGGUUUGUGUCAAGAUUGAAGAAUAUGCCAUCGAUAAGGAACAUGUUUGAUAUCAUUAUUCUUGUUAGUGCCUCUAAUUGUAGGACCAUUGAAGAAAUUGAAGAUGGCAUCGCAAGAGAAUUGGGUCUCUCAACAUUGAGCACACAACAAGAAGUAGAUGAAUUACUGAAAAACAAGAACUUCUUAAUCCUUCUGCAUGACAUAGAUUGUUCGAUAAAAUUGAAUGACGUGAGGACAAACUUGUGGACCUUGAAGAACAUUCAGAAGAUAGUUUCUACAUCUAGAUUUCCCAGAGUUAAUCACAUACAAGUGGAUCUGGAGAUCAGGUUGAAGGAUCAUCUACUAUCAUGGGAAUUGUUUUAUAGGAAUGUUGAAGAAGUGCAUUCUUUGAGUAUCGAUAUCCAACAUCAAGCCAUAUAUGUGUUGAAACAGUGUUGUGGCCAUUUACUUGCCACAGUUCUAAUGGCACGAGCCUUGAAAGGUGUCAACAAUGUUCGCAUCUGGGAAUAUUCAUCUCAUGCACUGCAGUUGCUACCACCAUCACAAACGGAAGAUAGAAUUUUGUUUAAUGCAUUAGCAUUCAUUUGGGGGCUUUUAGCUUCAGCAGAUCAGAAAUGUGUAAAAUACUGUGUAUCUUACUUGGAGAGGGAAGAGACAGACAAUGUUGAUUUGAUUGGAAGGUGGAUCAAAGGCGGCUUAAUUGGAUCGAUUGAUGAAGGAGAUGGGAUCAUUCGAAAUCUUGUCAAUGCCUUGCUAUUGGAGAGUUGUCAGAAUGGAAAUUCAGUGCGAAUGCGAGACGAAAUCUACAGAGAGUUAGUAAAAUUGUUUAAAAUUGAAAUGAACCCAAUGCUUCUUGAACUAGGUGGGAUGGAACUAAGGGAGGCACCAGUAGAGGAGGCAUGGAAGGAAGCUGGUCGUAUUCUCUUGAUGGAUAAUAAAAUAUCUAAGCUACCGAAGAAUCCACAUUGCCCAAAACUCAACAUAUUAUUCUUACAAGUCAAUCAUCAUUUGAGAGUCAUUCCUCCAUUUUUUUUCGAAUGCAUGCCCAUCCUUCAAAUCCUAGACUUGUCCUAUACUAGGAUAAGAUGUUUGCCACAAUCUCUUUAUAAGUUGGUCCAACUUCGAAAAUUAUUUUUAAAAGGUUGUGAACUUUUCAUGGACCUCUCGCCUGAAGUUGGAGAACUGAGUCAUCUGGAGGUGCUUGAUCUUGAAGGGACUGAAAUCAUAAAUUUACCUGCUACAGUUGGGAAAUUGAUCAAUUUGAGAUGCUUGAAAGUGUCAUUUUAUGGGUAUGAUUACAACAGUAGAAAAUACCACCGGCUGGAUAGAGUUAUUCCUAAGAAUGUGAUAGCCAAUCUGCUUCAAUUGGAAGAGUUAAGCAUAGAUGUGAAUCCAGAUGAUGAGCGAUGGAAUGUGACUGUCGAAGAUAUUGUAAAGGAAAUUUGCAACUUAAAUCAUUUGGAGGCUCUUAAAUUUUACUUGCCAAAAGUUGUACUUUUGAAUGACUUGAUGAAUGCUGGUUUAAACUUGUCACUAAUGCACUUCAGAUUUACUAUUGGCAGCCAUAUGAAGCGCAUAAUAUCUCGAUUACCACUUGAAGCUUCGGUCAAAUUUAAAGAAGAAGAAAGAUGCUUGAAGUAUGUGAAUGGUGAAGGUGUCCCAACUGAAGUCAAGGCGCUACUCCAGCACGCUACUGCAUUGUUCCUAGAUCGCCAUUUAACUCUUACCAGUUUAUCAGAAUUUGGGAUUGGAAAUAUGAAGAAUCUAAAAUUUUGUGUAUUAGGGGAAUGUGAUGAGAUUGGCACUAUUGUAGAUGCAAACAAUAGAGAUUUAGUACUUGAAUCACUUGAGUACCUAAGUCUUUAUUAUAUGAAGAAUUUAAGGAGCAUCUGGAGGGAGCCACUUGGUUGGAAUUCUCUAUCUAAUCUAAAAGUUUUGGCACUGUAUUCCUGUCCCCAAUUGACUACCAUUUUGACCAUACGUGUACUUAAGAAUGUCUACAACUUAGAGGAGCUUGUGGUUGAAGACUGCCCUGAAGUCAAUAGCAUACUGACUCAUGAAGUUUCAGCUGAAGAUUUACCAUUGUUGAUGGGUUGCCUUCCAAACUUGAAGAAGAUAUCACUUCAUUACAUGCCUAAAUUGGUCACAAUUUUUGGUGGUGUACUGAUUGCACCGAGCUUAGAAUGGUUAAGCUUGUAUGAUUGCCCAAACCUCAAAUCUCUUUCCCAUGAGGAAGUUGGAAGUAAUAAUUUAAAGGUGAUAACAGGAGGGGCAGACUGGUGGAGCACAUUGAGGUGGGAAAAAUCGGAAAGUUUUCAGCCUUCUAAACUGGAUUCCAUCUUUUUUCCAAUUGAAAGAGACACUGAUUUCACGACAAGGUUAGCAGAAAUCAAUGAUCAACUUCCAGCCCUGAUGCAAGAGUCAAAGCCUUCUCAACAGUGAGGUAGUUUUUCCAUUUCUCUUUCUUUUGUUUCUGUGAAACAAGAGUGGGAAAGCACUAAUUUCCUCCAACAUUUUUAUUAUGUGUCCAAAUUUCCAAAUCCAUGUACAUUUCUUUUCCUACUAUCUCAUAUUUGGUAUUCUCGUUGGCCAUAAUUGUCUAUUAGAGACAGGUUCUGGAACAAGCUCAGAUCAGAAGCUUAGAAUUAUGAAUUAAUGCAGUGCUGGUUAAGCUUGAGCUACCAUGGAACUGCUGCUUCUUCUAGCUGAAAAAAAGAAAGGGCCAGUACUUGGGCAUCUUUUGGUGAACGGCCACUCUUUGGACGGCAACCUGCUCAUUCAAGCUUGAUGAAUGUAUGGAAAUUACGCCUCAACUUGAAACUUUUCCAGACCACUUGUGAUUGUGUGAUAUAUUGAUGCUUGUUUCUUUAAUUCUUUGAUGUUCUGCUUGGUUGUGAAGAAAAGGAAACUCAGAACGUCACAACUAUGUUAUAUUUCUAUGAUCUCUUUGAGUAACUUGUGAUAUAAAUUUGCUGUGUGCUUCUGAGUUCAGAUUUCAGAAGUGAUAUCCCUCAGUUUGAUUUGUAUUGAAGUGACAAUGGGCUUGUUUUAUGUCAUGUGCAUCUUUGAGUUUGAUUAGUAUUGAAGUGAGAAAUUGUUUGUGUUCUGUGUCA